AUGUCACACACACCACUAGAUGAUCAUUUCAUCUCCAAUCCGGAUCUAGAUUUGCUAGGCCACCGACCGCAUAAAUCGGCGAUGCUGCUGUGGCAAGCAUUAUCAGCUACGGCUUUAUACAAUACCUGGCCAUCACUAGUGUUCAUGGGAGGAUGGAGUGCUAUGAUUGUACUGCUGAAUAAAAGAACAGAAGCUGAUAUGACGGUUCCUUCUACUCUAUUGACGGCGCUGGGUGUGUUGCUCGGUUUGACCCUCAGUUAUCGUACAUCCUCGGCAUAUGGUCAAUACGCAGAAGGAAGGAAAUUAUGGACUCAGAUCAUUCAAGCUAAUAGGACUUGGGCAAGGUUAGUUUGGAUCCAUUGUCCAGAUGCACUACGAGCUGUUCCACCUGAGGAGCAUGGUGUCCGAGCGGCAGAGGAGACUCGUGCAGUCAUCGAAAAAGCUACUGUUGUAAGAAUGGGUUUAGCAUUUGCUGUCGCUGUCAAACACUACUUGAGAGGCGAAGAGGGCAUCCUAUAUGAAGAUUUAUACGAUUUGGUCAAAUUCAUACCAUCACUUCAUCUUCCAUCCGGUAUACCAUCAUCGGAAAAUGCUAAUAUUGCAUCUGGAAGAUUUCCUUCAAAACAUCAUCAAUCUUCUUCCGUAACCAUCACAAGUGAAAAUGAGUUGAAAGUGUUCCGAUCACCUUCAGGAUCAACUUUACCACCGUCUGAUAGACCAAUAUUACAUCCAGCAAGAGCACCCCCUAAAUUCCGAUUUUCCGAGACGUUCCCGUUCAAGUUUCUAGUUACUAAACGACAAAGGUAUAAAGCUGCUGGCAGAGCAGUUAUGAGAGAAAGGAUGAAAAAGGCAAGAUCGAGUGGUGGUGUAGGUUCGAACGUUCCAUUAGAAAUUACAAUGUUCAUGUCAUCUUGGAUAUCAUCAUUACAAAAAAGAAAAACGAUUGAUGUACCAACUACCAAUUCUUUAUUGGCAACCUUAUCGAUCAUGUCGGAAUCUUUAAGUAAUUUGGAAAGGAUUUUGACCACUCCUAUACCAUGGAGUUAUAAUGCCCAUAUUUGGGAGGUUACUUGGAUUUAUUGUCUAGUACUUCCUUUUCAGUUGUAUGGCGCUGGUUUCGGUUGGGUGACUAUUCCCGCUGUAGUUAUAACUUCUUAUAUUGUACUGGGUUUUGCUGAAAUUGGAUCAGAGAUUGAAAAUCCAUUUGGAUACGAUAAGAACGAUCUAAAUUUGGAUUUCUUCACGAAUAAUAUCAUCAAAGAGGAAUUAGCUGCAAUUACGGCUAGACCAUUCACGGGACCUGAAGAAUGGAUAUUCGUCAAAGGGAAUGAUACGCUCGGUAGAAUCGGUGUAGGUGCUGAUGAAUUAGCUGAAAAGGGUUUGCAGGAAGUUAGGAGAAGUCUAGCUUCGUUAAGUGGAGAGAAAGGUCAAGGUGAAGGAUUAAGAGGAAGAGCUAGAAGUCCAGUAUAA